AUGGUCCAAGGAAGUCUGAAAAAGGCCAAGGCGAACACAGCCUCUACGAAACGGCCCUCCGCACUCGGACCAAAGCGAGGACCCAGGGCGAUCGCGCCCAAAAAGGCAUCAUUAAUUAAGCAGCAAAAAAUCACCAAGAAACUUUCGGCUGGCUUGACGGCAAAGACGGAGAAGAAUUUGGCAGAGAAGGCGGGACAUUUGGAAUUGCUUGCUGGUGGGAAGAAGGAUAAGAAGAAGGUGGAUAAAGGGAAUAAGCUCAAGAAAUAA